GUGGGGCCAGUCAGCCGGCGAGCGGCUCCGGCUCCGGCUCCGCUCCGCUCCACGCCGCGCCGGCCCGACUCUCCACGGCCGCCGCCGCCGCGCCUCCUCACAGCGUCCUCGGCCACCCGCCCGCGCCGCCCGCCCGGGGUCGCCCGCCGCCCCUCCCCCGCCCGCCCCGGCCCUCGCCGGCCGCUGCUCCCCGGCGGAGGCAAGAGGUGGCUGGGGGGGACCAUGGCUGACGUUUUCCCGGCCAACGACUCCACGGCGUCUCAGGACGUGGCCAACCGCUUCGCCCGCAAAGGGGCGCUGAGACAGAAGAACGUGCACGAGGUGAAGGACCACAAAUUCAUCGCCCGCUUCUUCAAGCAGCCCACCUUCUGCAGCCACUGCACCGACUUCAUCUGGGGGUUUGGGAAACAAGGCUUCCAGUGCCAAGUUUGCUGUUUUGUGGUUCACAAGAGGUGCCAUGAAUUUGUUACUUUUUCCUGUCCAGGUGCGGACAAGGGACCUGACACCGAUGACCCCAGGAGCAAGCACAAAUUCAAAAUCCACACUUAUGGAAGCCCUACCUUCUGUGAUCACUGUGGGUCACUGCUGUAUGGACUUAUCCAUCAAGGAAUGAAAUGUGACACCUGCGACAUGAAUGUUCAUAAGCAGUGCGUGAUAAACGUCCCCAGCCUCUGUGGGAUGGAUCACACUGAGAAGCGGGGGCGGAUUUACCUGAAGGCUGAGGUCGCUGAUGAAAAGCUCCAUGUCACAGUACGAGAUGCAAAAAAUCUAAUCCCUAUGGAUCCAAAUGGACUUUCAGAUCCUUAUGUGAAGCUGAAACUUAUUCCUGAUCCCAAGAAUGAAAGCAAACAGAAAACCAAAACCAUUCGCUCCACGCUAAACCCCCAGUGGAAUGAAUCCUUUACGUUCAAAUUAAAACCUUCAGACAAAGACCGUCGACUGUCUGUAGAAAUCUGGGACUGGGAUCGAACAACAAGGAAUGACUUCAUGGGAUCGCUUUCUUUUGGAGUUUCAGAGCUAAUGAAGAUGCCAGCCAGUGGGUGGUACAAGUUGCUUAACCAAGAGGAAGGUGAGUACUACAAUGUACCCAUUCCAGAAGGGGACGAAGAAGGAAACAUGGAGCUCAGGCAGAAAUUCGAGAAAGCCAAGCUUGGCCCUGCUGGUAACAAAGUAAUCAGCCCUUCUGAAGACAGGAGACCACCUUCCAACAACCUUGACAGAGUGAAACUCACCGACUUCAAUUUCCUCAUGGUGCUGGGGAAAGGGAGUUUUGGAAAGGUGAUGCUUGCUGACAGGAAGGGGACAGAGGAGCUGUAUGCAAUCAAAAUCCUGAAGAAGGAUGUGGUGAUUCAGGAUGAUGACGUGGAGUGCACCAUGGUGGAAAAGCGAGUCUUGGCUCUGCUGGACAAGCCUCCAUUCCUGACACAGCUGCACUCCUGCUUCCAGACAGUGGACCGGCUGUACUUCGUCAUGGAGUACGUCAAUGGUGGGGACCUCAUGUACCAUAUUCAGCAAGUAGGAAAAUUUAAGGAACCACAAGCAGUAUUCUAUGCAGCAGAGAUUUCCAUUGGAUUGUUCUUUCUUCAUAAAAGAGGAAUCAUUUAUAGGGAUCUGAAGUUAGAUAAUGUCAUGCUGGAUUCAGAAGGACAUAUCAAAAUUGCUGACUUUGGGAUGUGCAAGGAGCACAUGAUGGAUGGAGUCACGACCAGGACCUUCUGUGGGACUCCAGAUUAUAUUGCCCCAGAGAUAAUCGCUUAUCAGCCGUAUGGAAAAUCUGUGGACUGGUGGGCCUAUGGUGUCCUCUUGUAUGAAAUGCUAGCUGGGCAGCCUCCAUUUGAUGGUGAAGAUGAAGACGAAUUGUUUCAGUCUAUAAUGGAGCACAACGUUUCCUAUCCAAAAUCUUUGUCCAAGGAGGCUGUUUCCAUCUGCAAAGGACUGAUGACCAAACACCCAGCCAAGCGGCUGGGCUGUGGGCCCGAAGGAGAGAGAGAUGUGAGAGAACACGCCUUCUUCCGGAGGAUCGACUGGGAAAAACUGGAGAACAGGGAGAUCCAGCCACCGUUCAAGCCCAAAGUGACUAUCUGUACCAAAAUGCACUGGCUUCAGUGGGCAUCCAGGUCUUCGUGUGGCAAAGGAGCAGAAAACUUCGACAAGUUCUUCACACGAGGGCAACCUGUCUUAACACCGCCUGAUCAACUGGUCAUCGCUAACAUAGACCAGUCUGAUUUUGAAGGGUUCUCGUAUGUCAACCCCCAGUUUGUGCACCCCAUCUUACAGAGCGCAGUAUGAAACUCAUCGAGAACAAACUCCUCCCCAGCCUGCCCCUGGCAGUGGGAAAUGAUCCCCAACCCUCCAAUUCUAAGGCCACAGCCUUAUGUCUCGUCUCGUUCCACAUGGAGGCCUGAAAACCGUAGGGAUAUUAGUCCAAAUGUGAUCAGCUGUUCAGGGUCUCUCUCUUACAACCAAGAACAUUAUCUUAGAGGAAGAUGACAUAAUGUACAGUGUCCAGUUUAAUUAUGUAGAAGUUACAUCUGGCUGUAGGUUAACCCUUCCUAGAAAGCAAACAGACUCUUGCCCCCUUUUUGGUACGAUUUGAUAUGUUUUCCAUACCCUCUGUCUGUGGAUUCUCACCGUCAGGAUCCCCCAACCAGAGAGAGAUGUUAAAGUGAACCUACCCAGCCCAGUGGGCCAGAAGCAUCUCCAUCCAAGACGUCUUUGGAAUGAAAGAACAGGGAGCCCAGAGAGUUGCAAGGAGGGACUGGGAGUGGGGGAGGCAUGGAAACACCCUCUACUUCUGUUCUCUGCCUCAAUGGAAAUGGUCCCUAGGGUCAGAGAGGCCAGGAUGAACCUAAUCACUGUCCCUAAGCACUGACACAUCAUAACCCAAUCACAGUCCAGCGGUUACCAGUUUUAAAAAGAAAGGAAACCUCAGACGAGUGUUGGGUGGAUCUGUCAUCUGGUACCCUACUUGGUUGAUAACUGUCUUGACACCUGCAUUCUUUUUAAGAGGCCAAAUCGUCUAAGGACUUUGCUGCAUAAGCACAUGAGAUCAUUUCAGAUCGAGGAUAACCAGUGUUGUGUGUUCAUUUUGAUCUCCGGGAGAUUACUCUUUGAUCCAGGGUGCCAUCUGUAAUCAUGCCACUACUCACAAGUGUGUUAGCCAACACCCCCCACCCCCCCGCAACACCAAUAUUUUGCUACUUAUGUUGUUACCCUUCCCAAGAAGCUGAAGUUUUUGCCCUGACCCCUUUUGUACUUAUUUAUUUAAUAGGCUGCAGUGUCGUUUAUGAAAGUACGAUGUACAGUGACUUAAUCAACAUGUUGGCUCUAGCAUCAGUCCCUGUUGACUGAUUUUCCUCCCUUCUCUAGCCCUUGACGUUAGGGAUGAAAACCAAUAUGGUUUUGGUUCCCAUUUCCAGUUCAUGUUGAAUGACACUCCCAGAGCUGCAGAAUCAGGAAACCUGGGUACAUAUCAGCUCAAAGAUGUUUUAUUGCUAGAAGGAUUUUAAUAUGUUUUGCAAAUGCAUCAUGCAAUGAAUUUUGCAUGCCUAUAACAAACCUUAAUAACAAGUGAAUCUACAUUAUUGACAUAAUCAUAUCAAGUAUAAAGAGAGUAUUAUAAAAAUUUUAUAAGACACAAUUGUGCUAUAUUUGUGAAGGUUCUUGUUUCUAAUCUGCUUUUAUGAUUAAGUUUGAGCUUAAUCCUUCGCUGCUGUGCUUUCUCUGCCCAUCCCCCAUCCCCGCACAUGGGCACUAUACCAGAUAUAUUAAUUUUUUAAUGUAGAUCUAAUUUCAAAAAUGAAUGGUUACUUUACAUGAUCAGUUAGGCUCUUACUAUAUAUGUAUAUGUGUAUUUGAUUCUACUUCUGUUUGUGGGAUUAUGUUCGAGACGAGACUCUCUCUUAGCUCCUUAAUGCCAUCUUCUGUUCGGUUCCCCUGCCUCUCUUGGUGACAAUGGGAAGUGUCUCAUUCCAGUAUACCUAUAUAUUUGUGCACCUGUGGCAUUGUCACAGCACCCGGACUGAACGCUGUGUGUUUGUGUUUGUUUUAUUCCUUUCAACCUUGUGACUGCUGGGGCCCCAGGGGUGGGAGGGACAGGAAGACUCCCUUCUUGCCAUGUGUACCUGGACACACGGGAAGCAUGGGAUCCCUCCUGCUGCCCUGGGAACCACCCACUGUCUGCUCCAGCAUGUACAAACCUCACAAGACAGACCGUGUAUGAGCCCUGAGCACAGUCAUCCCUGCAGGUACCAGCAGACUCUUUCUAGAGGCUGCAGAUUUUCUUCCAGCUGUUGCUAGGAUUGGCCUUUCCAGUCUCUUGAUUUCCAUUCUGCACCUCUCUGGUGAGAUGCCCUCACAUUGCAAGGCUCCCAGAGGAGCCAGGCUUCUGCAACAUCAAGAAGAAGUCGAAGUGAAAGUAGCUCUCAGUCCUUGCAGAGAGCUGCUCUGUUUCCUCCCCAGAGCACCUACCAGCUAAGCACUCCUUAUUUCCACUGUCCAGCUGCUUGCCUGAAGUUCAUGUGGCAUAUGACCACUGAAGGGUCUUUGAGGUGGAAGGCCCAGCUCGUCCUGGAAACCCCUGCUUGGAGGGAGAGAGGGAGCAGGGAAUGGGCCAGACCAGCAAAGAGAAAUUUCCGCUGCCAUCUUUACUGGACUAUAGACUUGAAAACUCAGAAAGGGCCCUGCUCAUCUAUCCCUUCAGUCCUGCUGCUCGGUGCACAUGCUGAGGACAGGUCCUCACCAGGGACACCUCAUUUGGCCUGAUGGAAAAGGGACCAGUUUAUGUAGGAGCUUAGGAGGCAAAAGGGCCAGCCUGCUGCCCCAGACUGGAGCGGCAGCAGGACUAAUCCCCAGCCAGGCCCCAGGAGGUGAGGAAGGUUCCACAGAGGAACACUUGGGGCCAUUCACUCCAGUGCCCCGAACUGCCUACUGGUUGUAAACAGGCAGCAGGCUCCGGCUGCCCUCCAACAGCCAACACUCACUCAUAUUUCUCCAGAAAACAUAUUCAAUGUCUCAGCUGGCUCAUAUUCUUUCAGAUUGUGUGGCAAAGUUUUCAAAGAAAAUGCCCUGACUCUGGGGCCAGCACUCUGCCUGAGGGACAGCAGGCUCUAGGGGAAAACAGUAAAAAUCAGGCCCCGUGGCGUGUUACCAUGAUGAGCCUGCUUUACACAUUGCUGAGUAUGGAAUUCAGAUAAAGGUUAAUGCUUUAAAGAUCUGAGCAGCCCCAGACAGUUAUUGCUGAAAGACUAACUCCUGUGAAUAAGCAUUAACAACUGCUGCCUGCAGAAUUGACAUAGAAAAUUCUGCGUCCUUGUCGCUCAUCAUGGAUGUUGUGUGACAUGAAAUGGCAGAGAACAGGCGGCUUUAACUGCAGCAACCAAGUUGUAGGCUGGCCCCGAAAAGUCAAGUCCCUGGAGGACUGAGGACUGUUUAGGAAGACCUGCCCCGGAGCACUGCUGGUCUUGCCAGGGCCUGUGGAGGUCCCCCCCCCACCCCCCCGCAGAAUUUAGCACAAUACAGCUCUCCGCAGGACCUCCAGGCUGUGAGCACAAAAGGCCAUUCAGAUUACUUUGCAUUAUUUUCCCUCGGAAGGUGGCUGCUGCUUGUGGCAGAAACUUCCCCCUGAGGCUGCAGGCCAGUGGUUGGCUGCCCUCCUCUUGGCACCUUGUCAAAAGUCACCAGGUGCUUGGUUUGAUUGGAAGUAGCUGGACCCUGCUGCCAGGUGCAGCCCUCAGAGGUUAAAGGGAGACUCCCACCCAGGCAGGAACUAACUCAGAGGUAGACAUGAAACCCCAGGAUCCGAAAUGAUUGCUCUUCAACACGCCCACUUCUCUUUUAUCCCCAUGGCCUAGUAUGAGUUAAUGCAGAAUCACUGUCUGUCCUAGGCUUUCUUAUUAGGAAUUUUGGCAGAAAAUUGGGGGUCGAGAGCUCUUUGGAAACUUGGCCUGAAAUAGUUGGUUGAAAGGUUAUGAAAAACCAAGAUUAAUGCAACCCAGCAAACAAUUGUGGGGCACUUCUCUGAGCUAAAGUCCUUAGAAGAGUGUGGUGACUUGCUGGAAGGAGGGUGCAGACCCCAAGAGAGCCACCCAGAUACUUGCAACAGGCAGGAGAGGAAGGUGCUGCUAUUUGCGAUGGCUUUCCAUCGGAGGUUGUUGGUGCAGAUGGAAGUCACUGUGCUGGUUCUCAGGAGUGUUUUUUGUCAGGGACAUAGUCCGCUCCUCCUCAGAAAACACCUCCCAAAUGCCAGCAACAUCCUUCUGGCAUCCAGCUGCUAGAAGCCUCCUUCCUCACUCUACCUUGAAAUGGCUGGCAGUUCUCUGGGCAGAGCCAGACCAUCCCGUGGACCCUGGAAGCCAGUAGGUUUCCACCCGCCCAUUUUCCUCUGUGGCUUCCUGCGAAGAAUUAUAACAGCUAAGGACAGACAAAGAUGUUUCGAAAACAACACAGCAGUUCCCCCGUGGUUCCACUUAGCAAGAGAAAUUCGAGGGCUUUUUGCUGGGAUUUUUCUUCUCAGUCCUGAAGAGGGGGAAGAAGUGAGAAACAGGUUUUUAAAAGCCCCAGGAAGGCGACACCAUCUGACAGUCAUUUUCUCACUUUGGUCUUGUGAAGUCUCCUGGUUCUUGUGUAUACAUAGCACACCAUUUCCUGUUUAUAACCCAGCAAGGGUAGGAGCGCCUGGUCCCCACUGAGCACAUGAUCACGAAAGGGACACUGAGCCAGGGGCCCGAAAGGGUGAUGGCCAUGAGAGUUACAGGGAUAGUGACAGGCUUGACAGUUACAAGGAAGGAAAAGGGCACUGCACACUGAUUUGACAAGGAUUGCAGGGAAAUAUUUUUAAAAACCAUUUUCCUUGAGCUGCAUGGGCUACAUUUUAUGAAAUAUACUGGAUAGUCAACAUGCCUGUCAUUUCCCAUUUGGGCUGAUGCAGCAAAUCUAGGGAAUGCUGUUGUAUUUCUGCUGUUAGAAGAUCCAAAAAACUGGGAAAGGUUACCUGAACUAGUCAUGGAUGAAGGCAGUCAUUUAUAAGUGGUGUCAACCACAAUUGGUUAAUUCCAUAAAGUCAGGGACUCUUUGGGAGGGUUAAAAGCGUGAAUGACUGUGACCCCUGUGCCUCUUGUCUGUAUGAUCAGGUGUCAGUUAAUAACCAUGUAGGUCAGUUGAUAACUCAGUAAUCAAACAGCCUUACAAUGACCCUACACUAAAGCCCACAAGUUCCAAAGACUUUUUUUAACCUUAAGGAAGAAAUUAAUUUGGUAAUUCCAGUAGAACUGAAUAUACUGGGCUAUUUGUACUUUUUUUAUAGAGAACUUUAGUAACACAAUUCUUCUUUAAGAAUGAAUUUUUAAAAUAAAGCUACUGACAAUUUCCUAAGAUUCCAAUCACAUGAAGCCUAUAGGAGGACUCUGCCUGAGUCAGCUAGAGCACCCCAGACCUGCAUUCCCACUGCAGGAUUUUCCCAGGCCAGUGGGGUACGGAGUCCACAUCAGAAUGACUGCAAGUUCAAGGGCUGCAGCUUGUUGGCAGACCAGUGCUGUCUGUGUUUUCAGUAGACACGGGACAACUGCCUGAGGUCUAGGAACUCAAACCAUAGGGAAGAUGGCUUUAUUAACCCCCUUCCAGAUGCAGCCCAAGGAUAGCAUUCCCAGGGGUCUCUAGGACCCCUUUCCUCACUCUCUGAGGCACUGUGACCACCUUUUGGCAGGAGGAGGGGGUUGCUUCCUCAGCUCUGUCCCCAGUCCCCUCCAGCUCCCAGGUCUCUCACAUUUGGUGAAGAUUCAGAGAUGCCCUAUUAGGUAGGGUUUUGCCCACUGGGCAAUCAGAAAUACUUCAAUAUCCCGAGAAAUAAGAGGCAGCAGCAAGCGUGUCCACUGGCGUCUGCUUCACGGUGUGGCUUAUGUGAGUAGACAGAAGCCUACCUUUCAGAAAACAGGUAGCAAGUCCACUUCAUAUGAACCUUUUUUUUUUCUAAAGACAAAUGGCAGCUCUGCACUUUCUGAUUAAACAGCUGCUUCUCUGUCUCCCCUGCUUAACCUUAGCACUACCCGUUCCUGUGAUUGUUUGUAAAUUUUUGUUGAUAUUCUUCCUGAAAAAUGUGACUCUUUUCUUGGGGGGCUUAGUGGACUAUACAAAAUCUAUACAUGAAGGCAGUUACCAUUUUGAGUCUAAAGAUUUUCUAAAAAUUAGCCUCAUAUCCCUUCUGUUAAGAUCUUUCAGAAUAUCUUUUAUAGACGGUCAAAAACAUUUGAAAUCAUUGGUUUUUGCUACCUGAUUUUUGUGUGUGUGUGAAGGACAAGCCAUGUUUCAAUCAUCAAUGGAAAAUCAUCGUGUAAGACCCCAAAUUUGUAUGGAGAAAGAGAUGGAGUUUGAGGUUAUUUCCUUAGAUAAGCACCUACAGACAAAACGCAGGGGCCGUUCAACUGUCAGAUGACGUUUGGCUACAUAGCAGGAGAGAUGGAUGUAUAAAUUACUGCAUUGCUUUUCUCAAUUUGUAUAACCUCUAAUCUUUGUUUGCAUGAUAUGCUUUGUUAGACACAUCAAUUGUAGUUUGGAAGCAAGUGUGUAUGAAUAAAGACAGCGAUCAUUC